AUGGUCACUGGAGCACAGAACAUCUUCUUGGAUCGCGUUGGACACGCUGAGGAGCGUGGCCCAUCCACGUGCGUCAAGCGUUUUGGUGGUGGGAAGCCGCGUGACCUGAACGGUUUGCUGCUGGGUUCGCGACCAUCUAGCCCAAGCCGUGCGCCGUCGCCGGAGAACGUGCUGCGUAGCAGGCCCGUGUCGCGGCAGUGUUCACCAACUGCGCGGUCCGUUGGAAGUGUGGGGAUCUCCGUCUCCAAGCAGAGUACUGGCCGCAAGGAUAAGCGUCUCUUGGUGUUGCUGCAUCCAAAGGAUGAGGAAGCGUUCUUUCAGUCCCCACGAACGAUGAAGCCGAAUGUUGAGUAUUCUCAAAAGAACCCUGCCGGUGCCGAGGAAGCUGGUGAACCCGACCUACAAGAGGCUGUGGAGGAUGACACCGUUGCGACACAACAGGGCAUUUGGACGCAGCCCCUGGAAGAGCGUUUUUCGCUGGAGGACCUACGGCGGCUCAUGCACUUUUUCUCAGUGGAUUCAAACUUUUUUGAAAACAACACAGUGGAGCUAACAGCAGAACCAGACGGGCUCCCGCGUGGAGAUAGCAUUGGGGACAAAGCUGCGAAGGGUGGUUUUCCCCCGCCAGAUGGUCCGUCAGGAGGAGCGGCGACGAUGGAGAGUGCCAAGCAGCCCCCGCAAUUAGAGGAACGACAAGCCUCAUAUGAGGCCCAGGCCAAGGAGCAUCCCUCACGAGGACCCAUUCAAGUUCCCAGGCGUCUUUCUUCCCCAGAGAAAGCACGAGAAAAUUUUCAGCACGUACUCUUGCCCUCGAACCCUAUGAAUCGUGGCUCGGAACAUGACGCGUACACUCGUGUUUUAUCCGAAAGCGAGUUUGCGCAGGCCGUCAAAAUUGUUAUUCCUAGUGCUACUGAUGCGGAGAUAAUGGACCUUCUGAGGAAGGUUGACUAUGAGGCGAAGGGGUGUACCACGUGGGAUGACUUCUCAACGUUUUUGGUCUCACAAAGUCGUCACCGAUCUCAGCUUGCUCAUGGGCCUGUUUCGGACCUACUCGCAACCCCUGAACCAGAUUAUUGUCCUCAACGUUCACGGCAUACAACGGGAACUUGCAUGGAGGCGGAUAAGCGGCGUAAACUCCUUUUGACCGGGGGGUCCGAAGGCACCGUACGGGCGUGGGACAUCGAGACUCUGGCAAGCCGUGGAAUAGUCUUUGCAGGAGAUUCCUGGGUCGUUGGUGUGCACUGGGCAACUCAGCUUCAAAGCAUUCUUAUUGUGACAAUGGAUCGCAAGGUGAUUGUUCUGGACUCCAAAACCUUGGAGGUAAAGCGACUCUACCGUGGACGUGCAAUAGUUGACACCAUGGAUGGCUACCUAUACGCCCAUGAUAGUGUGCAGGCAGUCAAGGUAGGGGGAAAGAUUAAGGCAAAGGAAAAUAAGUUUGGUCCAAGUGGUGCGGGGGAUUUUGGUGUGGCCGCCUCUAGUGAUGGCGGUGGUGGAAGUCCAGGCCAUUCUCCUGUAGGACGCGCUGGUGAAGCAAAGAAGCGAAAGUUGUCUGGCGUAGCAACCUCGUUGGUGCCACCCAAUACUGGCCCUUAUGUGCAAAGCCGCGUGGAGGAGUGUAUGCUUGCGGGCCUCGUGGAUUCCGUGUCGUGCUCACUGUUUCACCAUUCCCGGCUGCGAGAAGACGUGUUACUUCUCGCAACGGUAAUGGGAGAGGUUAGAUUCUACGUGAUUCCGAAAAGCUCACGCAGGGUGGUCUCCCCAUAUGUGGUGGUUCAACUGCAUGAGAGACGCAUCAACAAAAUGUGUUUCCUGUUUGACAAUAGUUCACUCCUCACUGCGUCAGAUGAUGGUGUAGUGAAGAUGACUUCCUUGGAAACGGGGGUCCUCUUACGAAUCUUCUUUUCCUCGGGCGCGAGUCAACACUCUGCCGUGCAUGAUUUUGCGGUGAAUACGCAAUUGCGUCUGCUUGUGACCGUGGGCCCAGAACGUUACGGUAUUGUCUGGGACUUUUCGCAUGACGCACCGUUGGCCAUACUAGAUGCGCACAAUAGCCCAUGCCGCUGCUGUGCGGUGCAUGUGAAACAGAGUCAAAUCUUUACUGCGGGCAUAGAUGGAUCGAUUUUUGUCUUUGACACACAAGGGUAUCGUUUGAUGCAGGUGAUAUAUGUGCACAAACUUCGUCCUCAGUACAUUGUGUACGAUGAAAUCAGAAUGCGGCUGCUCUGUUUAGCUUCCCACCCUUACUACCAUGGGAAACAGCGUCAUGCGGCGUUUACUUGUUCAAACAAAUACCAGGGUCAUAUGGCAUCUAUGGUAGGCGUAAUAUACAAUAAAACAUACGAUCUCAUUGUCACCAUUGAUAUAGAAGGGUUUGUCAUGACCUGGAAAAGAUGUAAUGGGAGUCCUGUCUUUGCUUUUCAAUUGAAGGAUUUUUCGGAUUCCGCUGUUAUGAAUGCCGCACGUCUUUCUGCCAUUACCUUGGACGUCUUAGAGCGUCGAUUACUCACUGGGUUUCAGAAUGGGGCUGUGGCCGUGUGGAACUUAGUAAAUGGACAGACGACGAAUGUCAUCACAGCAGCCACAGAGAGUUUUGCCACAACCACGUUAAUACCAGAGGUGACGUCGCUUGGGUCACUUAUGCGGGAUGGAACCACGUUUUUAUUCUUUGCAGCGGCCGGGCAUCUCUUCUCCACGAGAGAGUCUAGCACCUUCACCAUUGCAAGUGCAACCAAGUGGGAGGUGCCAGAGGGCUACGGAGAUAUUCUAUUCAUGUUGCCGGUGUCUUUGCAGAUUCUCGUUUGCGCAACCUCCUCCGGUGCACUUUUUUUUAUCACGUGUUGGCUGAGGGUCAGGUGGGAUCCGCGCUGUGGGUGA